AUGCAGAACAUCGAGCAAAAGGGAGGCGUUCACAUGGAUCAGCAUCGACGAGUUCUCAUCACACAGGAGUGGAAUCCCAUCCUGAAACGCUUCGAUUUUCCUCCCACAGAGGCUGGCUAUGAAGCCAUGAAGACUGGCAUUAGGCAGUUCGCUGAGAAUGAGUAUGUUCGCUCCUGCUGCCACGAGGUGGAAGGCCUGUGCGGCGCACCACCUGGUAGCUACUUCGGAGUGCCGACUAUUGAGGAAAUGGCGGCAAGGGCAGAAGAGAAGAGAAAGGCAGAAGAGGAAGCCGCAAAAAGAAUAGAAGCCGAAAAGCGGCAGGCAGAAGAAGAAGCCAGGAAAAGAAAGGAGGAGGAAGAAAGCAGAAGAAAGCAAGAAGAAGAAGCCAGACAGAAAAGGGAGGAAGAAGAAGCCAAACGAAGACAAGAAGAAGAAGAAGCGAGAGAAAAGAAGAGGAAAGAAGAAGAAGAGGAAGCCAAAAGGAGGGAAGAAGAGGAAGAAGCGACCCGGAGGAAACAGGAAGAAGAAACGCAAAGAAAGGAGGAAGAGGAAACGAAAAUGAAUGAAGAGGAAGCCAGACAGAGGAAGAAGGAGGAGGAGGUCACAGCGGAAAAAGAAAAAGAGGCCCAAAGAUCCGUGGAGGAUGCGAUGACUGCCAAUGUGGCUGUGGAUAAGGAGGGGGAAGAGCCGGCAAGUCAGCUAAGCAGAAGAGACGAGGAGGAGGGGAAAUGCCCGCAGCCAGACCAAGAAGGCCAAAGCCAUGAACAAGCUGAUAUCAACAAGAGUCCAGAGGAGUUGAAUGAUUCCAGUGGAAGCCAAGUUGGUGCGAACCUGUGCAAUUCGCAUGAGGACCCAGAGAGACAGAGACAAAUCGAGGAGGAAAAGAGAAUUGUGAACGGAGAUGCCAAGUUGGAAGCAGACCGAGAAGCCGCCGCAAAGAGAAGCUCGGAAGGUGUGACAGGCACCGCGGACACCGCGGGCCAGGCUGGGGAGGCCGCUAGCCCUAGCAUCAAUGACGCGGAGAACGGCACGUUGAACGGGCACGCAGCGGUCAAGAACCAGGUCGAGGAAGAGCCGCGGGAAAACGUGUCAACGCACCAAGCGCUGCGGCCGUUGCCUGUGCUCCGCGCCCCAGAUUCGGGCAGCGAGGCGCUGGGCGUUGUGCUGCGGGAGGCCGUCGUGCAGGGCGUCGCGGAGGGCCCAUGGUUGCGGCUGCUGCCCUGCAGCUGUCGAACCCUGGGAGUCCUCGGAGAUCGGGGCUACCUGCCUUUGGAGGAGCUGCAGCCGGUGACCUCGGUGACCUGGUCCUGUCUUCCCAUGGGCGCGGCGGGCCGCUUCAAGGUCCGCGCCAAGCACGUGGCGGUGCGAGCACACCCCGAGCUGCGUGGGAAGGUGGUGGGAGUGGUGGUGGCUGGACGUAUGCUGAUGGGUACUCCGCACAGAGUGGCAGGGUACCUCUGGCUUCGCUUUGAAGAGAGCUCUCGCAAGAAGGUGGGCGACGAAGAGGCAUGGGCCUUGGUUCAAGACCUUGGCGGUGAUGUGUUGCUGGAGCCUCUGGACGCAGAUGGCCGGCGCGCACUUUCCAACUUCCAAGGCAGCCAAGCGCAAGCCGCUGACCCCCAGACCGCAGGUUCCGACAAGGUGGGCGCCACAGCCGUCCCGCCAGCGCCAACGGUGGAGAAGUUGCCGACGCCUGUGACGGAUCCUGUGAAGGUGUCUCAGCGGGUUGAGGCAGCUGCUUUAGCCAGGAAACAGCUAAAAGGGCCAUUGGAGUUUCGAGUCUUGGCGGAGGACCACAGCGCGCCGGUGCGCAAGGAGCCGUUGGUGCAGAGCCCACAGCUGGGAAAGCUGGAGCGAGGUGAGCUGGUCUAUGGCUACCCUGGUGGCGGCUGGUUGCAGCUGAUGCACAGCGAGCUGGAGAACUCCUGGGUCUUCAUUGGUACUCGUCUUUCUGCUGUUUGGGCUGAGCUGCGAGUCACUGCGCGCAGUUGGAACGCCCUAGAGGUGACGUGGCCCGGGCUCCACGAGGAGAAACGCGUGGCUUACAAUGUCGAAUGGCGCACACCCGAGGGCGCAGCCAAACAGAUGAAGGGACACAAGGUCUCUGCCAGCAACAAGGUUGUUCUCGGCAAUCUACCCUCUGGGUUGCUGUGCUUCCGAGUCGGCGCUCGUGUGGCCGGUGCUGGCAACAACGAUGACCAGGACGUAAAGCUGUGGGGUCCUUGGGCUGAGCUUGUUGCCGGCGAAGACUAG